UUGACGAUGAUUUACAUAACUAUAAUGUUUAGGUAUGUGAAACUCUUUUAGAAAAAAUAAAAUACUUUUAUUUGAUAUGUGAUUGUCUGAAUGCGUUUUAAAAGUCUGCAUGUGUAGUAGACCUCUGCGUGCCAUAUAAUUAUAAGACUGUUUGAAUUGCACGUUGAAAAAUGGCAAGGAUCACUUUGUGGGUCUUACACAUUUAAAUGAUUCAACAGUUCUAGGUCACAAGUAAUUAUGACAGUUACAAUAAAUUACUAAGCCUAAUAAGCACGACAGUUGAAAGAAGAAUUUAGGAAAUAUAUAUUAACGAGAAACACUUAUAACUAUAGGGCUGUGAAUUAUUAAUGUACUAAAAAACCAUGGGGUAUUAUGCAUACUGUAUAGGUAAUUAUAUGCACUCAAAAUCGGGGAAAUCUUUUUGAUGAAUUAAAGCAAAUUACACUUUUUUAUACUGAAAUAUUAUAUAAAUAUCAAAUUUGAUCUAUUCCGGACAAAAUCCAACCCCUCCCCCCAAAUUAUGUAAUUUAAACAUAAGAAGAGAGUCAUAGGAAUACGAAUUUGUAUUUAGAACGAGGCAAUGUCUUGAAUACAAUUUGUAUCAAAUGUAUAUUUUGAAUUCAAAACUAUGAAUUCGUCGAUGUGCAACAUCCUUAUAUUAUUCUGCACAGCAGCCCUGCAGUCUACGGUGUAUAGUGUAUACCUAUUACAUUAAUGGUAGCGGUACCUCUAUAUAUGGAUCUAUGGUACAGCUCUAUAUUGGCUCUGCAACCUGCUACUGCCUAUUAUAAUAAUGCUAUAUAAUACCUACCUAAUAAUAUAUUAUAACGUGUAAAUGGACCCUUUGAUAACGGCGUCGGCGGCGGUGGUGUGUCUGUAUAUGAUAAUAGUACUUUUGUAUGUAAUACCAUAGUUGUCGCGGUGGAUCAACAGGUUUGAGAGGAAAACAGCCGAGCUAGUCACGAGCGUAAAAAUGGGGGGGAGGGGAAAGGAAAAAAAAUAAAUGAAAAUAAAAAUUAAACGAAACGCGCGCGCGAUGUCGCCGACGCCGACGCCGCCGCCAACAGCUGUCGGUAGCGGUAGUGAGGGGAUAUUAUGCCGCGCGCACGCCGACGAAGACCUGAUCGUCGUGUGGUCCGGACGUGCCGCAGCCGACAGAGUCAGUGCGUCGUGUUCGCUUCGUCGUCUCCGUCUGUUCGCGUUUUUACCUCGCAUCGCCGUUACAACGCGUAUUCGCACAUCGGGCACCGGUACCGUAUCGAUAUUAUUAUUAUUAUCAUUUAUCCCCUGAGUCCGUCUGGCCGUCGUUCGACGUCGGGUCGACCCGUUGUGCGUUCGCUUGAAAAAAAAAAAAUUUCCCACAUUAAUUUUUUGAUCGGUGUUCGCCGCGAGUACUCGAUAUAGCACCCGUCUGUACUGAACGACAGCUAGUUCCGUUCGCGGGUUUUAGGUUUUGCGUUGCCGGUGGGACGGAAUAAGGUGGAAAAAACGGUAUUAUUCACCGUUGAAAUCCGUUUUCGUCUCGACGUAUGCAGUGAUCGUCGUGUGUGGUUGUCGCCGUCGUAUAAUAUAAAAUAUAUUACAGUGACGUCCAUAUAGGUUUUAGAGAAAUUAGAGAUCCGUCGGCUAAAGGAUUUCAUCUCGAUUGCCGUCUUCCGGACUGUCCUGCCGGACAACGUGAUCAUCGGAUAUCCUGGGUCUAGGUACGCCCGCUGCUCCCGAAGCCAACACGCAACAUAUAUAUAUUAUAUAUAGCUGCCGCCACCGCCACCACCACAAAACGCCGCUGACACAUAGAAGACGUUGAUGGAUUAAUUAAGAUCUCGAUGGUCUGUUGGUCAUCAAUCUGUAGUCUAUAAUGCAGAUACCACGUUGGUGUGCGGCCAUCUGCCACUGACGAGAAAAAUAUUCACGCAAAUAUGGGUGCAUUGCUAUGGGUGUUGGUGGGCGCGGUGGUCUUUGCCGAGUGUGUGACGUCCACUGCAGUACCUGGCGUGGUGCGGUUUGCUGUCAUAGCACCAUUGGAGACAUCCAGUAAGAACGACGAGACGUUGGGUGCCAUAUUGCCAUCCGUAGACUUGGCUGCACAAGCAAUAGCUCAACCCAAAGGAUCGUUGCCUGGAUGGAAAAUACUAAUCGAUAGCAGGAAUGGAAACUGUUCAUCUACCGAUGGCCCACUGGCAGCAUUUGAUUUACACACUAACAGUGAUCUGUUCCUGGGACCGGUGUGCGACUACGUGAUUGCACCCGUGGCGCGGUACGCGGGCGUGUGGAAGAUACCGGUGUUGACGGCUGGCGGGCUGGCCGAGAACUUCAACAACCGGGAAGAGUACCCAACUCUGACCAGGAUGAUGGGCUCGUACAAGCUGGUCGGCGACGCCUUUCGGCACAUACUGCACGGGUUCGGCUGGAACGUGGUCGGUAUGCUGUACUACAAUUACGGUCUCAACGCGCUACAGAUGGGCAACUCCAAGUGCUAUUUCACGCUGUCCGCCGUGUUCAUUGCUCUGGGGAUGAAGCCCAUGUACAAGAGCUUUAACGACACCGACAGCAGAGAAUCGUUCAAAGAGCUGCUCACCGAAAUGUCGCACAACGCACGAAGUGAGUGUCGUCCGGGGCUUAUACGCGUCGUCGCGGUCGCCGCCGUCAUCGUCGUAGCCGGUCAUCGUCAAUAAUAAUAUUGUUGUUGUUGUUGUAGUUAACGAGGGAGGGGAAGGGUAAGUGGGUGGGUGGCUUUUUCCGAUUGUCGCCUUUCUAUAGUACGUCUCAAAUCUUGGGCGAGCGUUGGAAAUGAAUCGAGUCAGUUUUUGACGUUUCAAUAAUAUAUAAUAUUCAGCAGAUUAAAAAAAAUAUCGCUUUUAUUUUUCGUCGGUAAAAACGAAACGUCAUUUAACAUUUCCUAUCUAUUAAAAUGUAUUUUUCCGAGAAAAUAUCAUGAUUUUUUAGAGGUUAUUAAUAUUAAAAAUGUCAAAAAUCUGACUUGACCCCUUUUGACCACGCGCCGAAGAUUUAUCGAUCCAGACUGGCCGAUUCACGAACCAAAACUGGUGCGAUUUUGUUUCAAUGAUUUGAUGGUUGUCGUCGUGGUCGAUGGUUAUGAAAAUAAUUCUGUCCGUCGACCUUUGUUUUAAAAAUAUCAUUGUCAGAUUAAGUCGAAUACAUUUUCGUAAUACUCACUAAUACAAUAUCACCAUCUCUGGUUACAUAAUCCGAAUCUGCAACAUAUUCAAUCGUGUCAUCAAAGAGCAUUGAGCAACUGAAGUAUUUGCACUUGAAUACCUAAUUUAAUCUAACUGUAAUAGAAAAAAAAUUAUCGAUUAAAAUCUACAAAUAUAACAGGCACUUAUUUUAUUUUUCACAUGGACAUAAUAUUUUAUGGAUUAUUUGUUAUUACGCGUUUUCUUUCUAUGUAUACUACGCAGAAUACUAUUUAUAUGGUUUAUAGCCACAACAAAUUCCACUCGAAACGUUUUUAAUCUUAAACACAUAGGCGCAAUUUAAACUUUUGACUCGUGGGGGGAGGGGCUAAAUAUAUUACAGGCAAGCAAACCAUCGCAAUAUAGCAUUUUAAAAUUGUAUGUCCCAGAUUUUUUUGGGGGCUACGGCUGAGUUUGGGGGUUUAACACCCCCAAGCUCCCCAAUUUGCGCCUAUGCUUAAACAGUUAUAUCACCAACGAAUUUAAUCAUUAAACCCCUCCAGUUUCACUACUUAAAACGUGACAUUGUUAGUUAGGGUAAAAAGUGGAAACAAGAUAUGUCAUAGUUAUUGAAUUACUACGUGCUCUUCAUAAAAAAUUAAUUGUGUCUGAGAUGUUGAGUGACUUUUUAAAUAAUAUUCUUAUAGUACCUAUAAUUAGAACCAAAAACCCAUAAUUAUGAAAACCUCUUUAAUUUGUUGGAAAAAUUUCCGUAAAUUGAUCACUAAUAUUGUUUAAAUAGCACUUCAAAUUUAAUAUUAAAUGUAAAAAAUGUAAAAAGGACGAAUGAACUGUAAGUCAGUAAAGUUAAUUUCGUUGGUUGAUAAAAAUUAUUAUAAGCACGAUACAUAAAUAAUUGAACUUUAUAUUUGAUAUAAGACUUAAUAGGUACCUAA